AUACGCUGAAGUGGUUGCGGAGGGUAAACGGGAAAGACAAAAGAAGAGUGCGGGCUUAUAUAGUUCGGAGGUAAAAGUGCUCAACUGACCCGCGGGCCGCCCAUGUGAUUGAUAUUUGCCUGACCGCCCCCUUCUUACGCGCAUGCUCGGCCCUCGCCCUGACCCCAAGGAGCACUCUAUCUCACCCCAACAACUAUCGAUGACCGUCGAUGAACGAGGGAUGGCACCCUACAACGCUCUGCUUGGCCGGAAAUCUGCUUCUUUUCUGUCCGCUGCCGCUUGGCCCAGACGCCACUGGCCACGGGUCGCGCUCUCCCACCAUCUGCCCAUCGCGCGAGUCAAUUGGCUGUUGCAUGACCCCGACGAUAUCGAUGCACGCCACCUUCGUAUUGUGGUCCUAUCUCCUCGUCGAUGCAUGUGCCUGCCGAUCCCCCCGUGCGCUCCUCGAUGCGAGGCGCGACGCGGCCAGAGUGACGUCGAGCGAGCCUCGUCUUUACGUAUCUACACACUCGCGCUACUCGGACUACACGACGUGGACCGGCAGCAAGGUCGGUACGAUGGAUGCUGGCACCCUAACAGACGUAUAUUGGAAGAUGCGAUCAAACAAGAGUGGUGCACCUGCAUAGAAAGAAGACCUCCGCAGGCGGGGUCCCUCCGAGCGACGGCGCGCCCUGCGUCAUGCUCCUCAACGAG